AUGGUAUCCAUAUCCAUUGACGCCAUCCGGUCUGAGUCUACUACCGUCGACUAUGAUGAUCUCAGUUCAAUUGUCUACUGCUAUGCAGAAUGGCACAAAGUAGAUGAGGAGAGGAUAUUGGAACCAUACGCCUACAUCACGCCGCAGGUUGGAAAGGAAAUCCGCACACAGAUGAUCAAUGCCUUCAACAUCUGGCUCGAUGUCAGUGAGGACAAGCUGAAGACCAUCAGUCGUAUCGUCGGAACACUGCACAAUGCGAGCCUACUCAUUGAUGACGUUGAGGACGACUCGCAGCUAUGUCGCGGAAUUCCCGUCGCCCACAAGAUCUAUGGCAUCCCGCAGGUCAUCAACACAGCCAACUAUAUGUACUUCCAGGCCUUCCAAGAAAUCUCAGAGUUGCAAGCUUCGUCCCUCAGAUUUGAUCUCCACGCCAUUGUCAUCGACGAGCUCUUGAACCUCCACUGA